UAGCGGUUGGCAAACUAUCAAUACAGUACAUUAGCGACACCUACUGGAGAUGGCUUGUCUCGCGCUGCCUCAAUAUUUCCCAAAUCACGCCAAACUUUUGUGGUGUAUUUUCAUGCUAGUUCCAGCGUACAAAUGCCAUUAAUUGUGUUUGUUGAAGCGAGUUUUGUUAAAACGUCGAAUAAUAGUAUUUAUAGGCAGGCUUUCGAGACAGGUGAGCAGUGACCAAUGGUUCCGGGCAGUUUCUAAUCGGAUUAUAAAACAAGAGAAGUCUUAAGCGUCUGCUAGCAGUCACGAUAAGGGCUCUCUCGGUAAACUUCUUCUUUUCCCUUUCACAUGGCAAAAACAUGCCUCUUUUUGUCAACCGUGAUCAAAUGUUUGCGCAUCAGGUGCACCUGCUGGAACACAAACUGAGAGGGAAAGAGGAGCGAAUAUUGGAAUUGGAGACAGAGAAUGCCAUUCUUCAUAUCAGGCUCGCUGAGAAUCUGGCGAAACUGCAACAAGAGCAAGACCAGAAAGACACCAAGGCCUCGAAUCCUCGACAGGACGAAAAGAAAAUCACCCGCUCAGCCAUCGCCCAACUCAUUUCUGAGGUCCAGGCCCUAAAGAAGGGUCUAAGUGAGCUUUUUGCCGUCUACGUGAGUUUUGCCACUGAGCUGGAGGAAAAGAGCAAGCAGCUGCAGGAGAAUGUGGAGCAACGAAGAUGCUCGUCUCUGAUGCUCGGAUGCUCCGAAGACACUGCUGAAAGUCUCCAGGCCCGCUUGACGGCUCUCGAGCGCUCCCUGCAGGAGGAGCGGGAGAAGUGCGGAGCGGAGAGGCAGAGGCGCAAAGAGCUUCACAACACGCUGGCGGAGUUACGAGGGAACAUCCGGGUGCACUGCAGGGUGCGUCCUCUUCUACACUUCGACCACGUCCAGUUUUCCACCACUGGCUCGGGGCCUGCACCAUCCGAGCAAGUGAUCCACGCCGUCAGUGAUGACACUGUGAGAGUAAACUGCAUGAAGGCAGGAGUGCCGGCACAAAACAAGAUGUUUGAAUUUGAGAGGGUUCAUGGACCAGAGGACUCCCAGGAAGCUGUGUUUGAGGAAGUCAAGCCUCUCCUUACCUCUUUGCUAGACGGCUACAACGUUUGCAUCAUGGCGUAUGGGCAGACGGGAAGCGGAAAGACUCACACCAUGAUGGGAUCCCCCGAGUCAACUGAACCCUCGGGGCCGCAGCAAGGCAUCAUCGUAAAGGCGGCGGCGGAGAUCUUUCGGCUGAUCGCCGAGAAGCCCCCGGCGAGCCACACGGUGGAGAUGUCGGCGAUGGAGGUGUACAACAACGACGCCUUGGACCUGCUGGCCAGAGAUGUCGGCCAGCGCCGGGAAAACCUGGCUGCGUCCGCCGGUUCCUGUCAGGUUUCCGUCCUCACGCAGGAGCCCGUGUGCGACGCCUGCGAGGUGACGCAGAUCAUGAGUCGAGUGCUGCGGCUCAGAUCUCACUGCCCCACUCUGGUGCACGCCGACUCCUCGCGCUCCCACCUCAUCGUCACGCUCACCGUUUCCUCCAAGAGCCCCAACGCGCAGGCCCUGGGCCGCCGGCUGCACAGCGCCAAGAAGAGCGUGCGGCACGCCGCUCAAAAGGAGUCGUGGAGUCCCAAGUGUCGCCGCGCAAACCCCGCCGCCCGGAGCUCGCCGGAAGACGACUUCGCGAGUCCCGCUUCCUCUCCCUCCCUGUCCCCGUGCCCCUCCCCGAGAUCGGGCACCUCGCCGUCGCCGUUCAGGACCAAGCUGCAGCUGGUGGACCUGGCGGGCAGCGAGUGCGUCGACAUGACCGGCGUGUCCGGCGGAGCGCUGUGGGAGGUGUCCUGCAUCAACCGGAGUCUUUCGGCUCUGUCGGAUGUCCUGAGCGCGCUGGCCGAGCAGAGGCCGCACGUCCCGUACAGGAACAGCAAGCUCACUCACCUGCUGCAGGACGCCAUAGGGGGCGACGCCAAGCUGCUGGUGAUGUUGUGCGUGUCCCCCACGCGGCGCUUCCUCACCGAGUCCCUGCAGACGCUGGGAUUCGGCGCUCGGGCUCGCCAAGUCCAGAGAGAUCCCGCAAGGAAGAAGAGCAACACACUCAAACAGUCUGGAUGCCCUCUGGCGCCACUUUGCUUCUCACAGGCUUUCCCUUCCUCCCCCAAACACAGAAAUAGCAAAUCCAUACAAGCGCAGGCAAGUAAGUAGUAACGGCACAAUACAUUCAUCAACUCAACAACACGUUUGGACAAUAAGGCAAGUCGAAGAAAGAAAGA